GCUGGUAAAGAACUGCAAAACAAAGUGAAAUCGAAAUAUCCAGAUGGACUGAAAAAACUUGACUUAGCUGUUACAGGGGGACAUAAACUAGCGUGUAGCAUUGUUAUACACACAGCGUUGUCUAAUUAUAAUGCUAAGAAGUCAAAAGCCGGUGAAGAGGCGAUCUAUAAACUGGUGUAUAACUGUUUGACCGAGGCUCAAAACAACGGUUACACAAGUAUCGUGUUUCCGGCUGUUGGUACAGGCAAUCUUGGUUAUCCACGACAUAUCGUAGCCAGAGAGAUGUUUAACGCCGUUUCAGUAUUUAGUAGAACGAAUCCACGGUCAAGUAUAAGAGAUGUCAAGUUCGUUGUUUAUCAUAUGGAUAAAGAAACUAUUUCGGCCUUCGAAAAUGAACAGUUACGACUACAGGAUGCAAAACCGCCAAAGACAAAUCUAGGUCAGCUAGAUACCGAUACCGGUGACUUAGGAUAUGAUGUUAUACCACACGAAACCAGACCUGGAGUUCAGUCUACCAACGGUACUUAUACAUUUGGAAAUAUAACAGUGACUGUACGACAAGGAGACUUGAUUUCAGAAGAUGCCGACUGUAUCGUAAACAGUACAAAUCAAGACUUAAAUCUCUCAAUAGGUAAAGUGUCAAAGAUUAUUUUGGAAAAGGGUGGACAUGCGCUCCGGGAGGAACUAGAAAACCACAAAAUUGAAAUGAAAUCAAAGAAGAUAGCUAUGACUCUAGCUCCUGGCCUGACAUGUAAAAACAUAGUUCACGUUGUCACAGAUCCAAACGAUUUGACGGGCACAGUGCAAAAAUGUUUAUUGGAAGCGGAUGAUGAAAUGAUGACAAGUAUUGCAUUUCCUGCUUUAGGAACAGCACUCGAUCAUACAGUUUCGGCAGAAACUGCGACGGCCAUGAUCAAGGCUGUCAGAGAUUUUGCUGAUAACACUCGGCCAAGACACCUGAUGGAUAUAAGAUUUGUUAUAUUCCAAAAAGAAAUGUUGACAGACUUUCAGAAGGCCGCAGAAAAUACAAGUGAUUCAAACAGUUGGCUAGGAAAAGCUGCAGGGAAUGUGUGGAAAGGAUUUAAAAAUGUUUUUGGCAUGACCGGAUCAGGCCACAAAGAUGUAAAGAAAGAAGUAGGAGAAGCAGACUUUAAUUCUGUUACUUUUGCUAUCAUGGCGUUCAGUGAUAACGUGAUUAGAAAAGUCAUUCAACACCUUGAGUCUUCACUAGAGAAGGAAAUACUUAUGAAAACCAUUGAUGACCACGCUAUACCACUGCUGGAAGAUGUUCAAGUUCAGGAAAUGUAUGGUAUUGCCAAGCAAUAUCACGUGGAGAUGACAAUGAAUAAGAACAAAGGGAUCAUACAGAUUUCGGGAAUAGUUAGCAAUGUUAUGCAUGCAUCUGACAAAAUUUCGGGGUAA